AUGGCCAUAAUGGUGUUUCAAGGGCAUAAGGGUUCAGCGGGGCCCUCUAAGGAGCCGAUUAUUCAACUGGUCGAUUCAGAUUCCCCAAGAGAUGAAGCGGUUCAUCCGGCAGAAUCCGACAACCAGUCUACCGGAACCAAGCAAUCCUCAGUGGGCAAAAGUUCCACGGUCAUGUCUCGCCGUUAUGUUACUCGAAAAAGAAUAGUCCCUGCUGCAGUUCUCCGUCACCUGCUCACUGAUGCUCAAGAGAGGUAUGUGUCCUUCUCAUCCUGCCCAAUUCUAGAGGAACGGCUAAUUGAGUUUGCUGAGGAACACAAGGGGAUUGAAUCGCUUGUUGUUGAUGCUGGUUUGAGGAGCAUUCUGAGUCUGGUGCAGCCGUAUGCUAAAGAUGUGGUCCAUGAGUUUUACAUCCAUCUCUCGUUUGCCAAACAUGUCGAUGAUGUAGCUGCUGUGUGGGUCUGUGGCCAUGAGACAAUGCUGUAUAAGGUCUGCAAUGCUAUACCGAUUGACUUUAGAAAAGUUGUGUUUGAUCAGGUCGUGUAUCAGUCUCGUUUUGGAGAUAAAAAGUGGAAUCUUGUCUUCCCAAGUAUCAUCUAUAAACUCCUUCUGCGAGAAGCUCCAAUAGUUCAGGAUCAUGAGAUCCUUCUGACUCCUAUCCUCACCUACAAGCGAGUUGCAACCAUGGCAACGACCAAACAGGAAACAGCUCAGGCUGUCAAGAAGGAAUGCAGUCGACCUGAAGUCUCAACCUCGACUGCUGCUGGAUCUAAGACCUUCACUCUCUCGAAUUUUUAUUUCGCUAGAACCGGGUGGCUAACCAUUGCUCUCUUACCAUCCACAAUCGCUCUAUUCUUGUUGGCAUCAUCAGGAAGUUUGUCAGCGUUACAAGCAGGAACAACUCUUAUCGGUCUAAGCUCAGGUUUCAUAUUUGCAGCAGCGGUUUCUAUCACAUCUGAGCUAUUUGGACCCAACAGCGUCGGGGUUAACCACAACAUACUCACAAUAAACGUACCGAUAGGAUCGUUGGUCUACGGUUUCUUAGCUGCUUUGGUCUAUGAGUCCCAUAGCAUGGCAGGGUCAAACACCCAGUCAGUUAUAUAUAUGGGACGAGACUGUUACCAUCUAACGUUUUUGUGGUGGGGAUGCUUGUCGGUGAUUGGGCUAGCAUCAAGUUUCUGA